GUUUCUGAGGACUUUGAUGCUGAGGAUCUUAAAUCAUUAAAUAUAUCCCAAUCCUUCACAAUAGUCAGUCCGGAGUCUACAUUUAUUAAGAAACUCUUAGAAAAUAGAUAUCAAAUUACCAACGAACAAGUUUCUGUUGAUAAUGAUGUUUCUUUAAUACCAGUGCAAUAUUUGGA